AUGCAUUUACCACGGAGGAGGCGGCUACAGAGGAACCGAAUCCUUUUCUUGCUUGCCAUAGUGAUGGUCCUUUCUUUCUACCAGCUCCAGUCCAGCCCCUCUGCCCUUCCAGCAUCACACAGAGCCCCCCAACCCACGGACCCUGCCAAAGUGACCUCCAGGGACCUCCCCAGCAACAAGACUGCUGUAAGAGGCAAUGGCACAGCCCCCAAAAUAAGGCACUGCAUCUAUGUGGAUCCUGAGCCAGCCGUGCCCGUCACCACGUCAGUGGGCACAACACCACAGCAAGAAAAUGCCAGUGAAAGCUCCCCAGAUGAAAAACCACCCUAUGAAUCCAAAGGAGAAUAUCCCCAGGACCUGUUCAGUGUGGAAGAACGCAGGCAAGGGUGGGUUGUACUUCACAUCUUUGGCAUGAUGUAUGUAUUUGUGGCCUUGGCCAUAGUGUGUGAUGAGUAUUUUGUCCCUGCUUUGGGAGUGAUCACUGAGAAGUUGGAGAUCUCUGAAGAUGUGGCUGGAGCCACCUUCAUGGCAGCAGGUGGAUCAGCACCAGAACUCUUCACGUCCCUCAUAGGUGUCUUCAUCUCACACAGCAAUGUCGGCAUCGGUACCAUUGUGGGCUCAGCAGUGUUUAAUAUCCUCUUUGUCAUUGGCACCUGUGCCCUCUUCUCGAGGCAGAUACUCCACCUGACAUGGUGGCCCUUAUUUAGAGACAUCACAUUCUACAUUGUAGACUUACUGAUGCUCAUCCUGUUUUUCCUAGACAGUGUCAUUGAUUGGUGGGAAAGCCUCCUUUUACUGACUGCCUAUGCCACAUACGUGUUCACCAUGAAACAUAACGUGUUCCUGGAGCAAUGGGUGAAGGAGGAGCUGAAAAAGAAGCUAAAUGCUGUGCAGGCAGCAUCAGCAGAGCAUAUGCGGAAGACAAGCAGGGCAGUUGUAGAUGAUGGAACAACGAAGCCACCAGAUGUGAGGAAGCUGCAGCCUGGGCCAGGCCUGCAGCGGGGCAGCAGCUCGGCCUCCCUGCACAACUCUCAGAUGCGCGGCACCAUCGUCCAGCUCAUGAUCCACACCCUGGACCCCCUGGCAGAAGCAAAAUUUAAAGACAGGGUUGACACCCUGAGCAAAUUGGCCAAGGCCAAGGCUGAGACCCUGGAAGGACAAGGCUCCCAGCCAGAAGAGGGAAAGAAAGCACCAAGCAACGUCCAGGUAACUCCUGCCAGUGACUCUGAGCCCAGCAAAGACACACGGAAGGCAGAUGUGCCACAGGAUGGACAGCCCCCCCCGUCAAGCAGUGACAGCUCAGACGACAGCAGCUCUGAGAGCCAGGAGGACAGUGAUAGUGACAGCACAGAGAGUGAUGAAAAUGAUGAGCCCUUAUCUCUGGAAUGGCCAGAAUCAAGGACAAAACAAGCAAUUUACCUUUUCCUCUUUCCCAUUGUCUUUCCUCUCUGGAGCACUCUGCCUGAUGUCAGAAACUCGGAAUCAAAAAAAUUCUUUGUCAUCACAUUUUUUGGAUCCAUCCUCUGGAUUGCUGCAUUCUCUUAUCUCAUGGUGUGGUGGGCUCACCAGGUUGGUGAAACCAUUGGCAUUUCAGAGGAGAUUAUGGGGUUAACCAUACUGGCAGCAGGCACAUCCAUCCCUGACCUGAUCACCAGUGUCAUCGUGGCCCGGAAGGGCCUGGGGGACAUGGCUGUGUCCAGCUCCGUGGGCAGCAACAUCUUUGACAUCACUGUUGGCCUACCAGUUCCCUGGUUCCUUUUUUCUAUCUUCAAUGGCCUCAGCCCUGUGGCAGUCAGCAGCAAUGGUUUGUUUUGUGCAAUUGUUCUCCUUUUCCUCAUGCUCCUGUUUGUGAUUAUCUCUAUUGCUGUCUGUAAAUGGAAAAUGAACAAAUUACUGGGGCUCACCAUGUUUGCUCUUUACUUUGUGUUCCUGAUCAUCAGUGUGAUGUUAGAGGACAAGAUAAUAUCCUGCCCAGUGUCUGUAUGACAUGUGGGCACUUCAAGAUGUCUGUGAGGAUCCAGCAACAUCAAAAGGGGGCUGAGGUAGCAGUUGUUCUACUGAAAAAAAGCAACCAGAAUUGUAACAAACUUACUGAAAAUAAGAUUCCUUUAACAUGCUAAA